UUCUUUUUUCUGUUCGUGUAGAUUUCUUCCCCUUCUCUGAUCCCUCGACCAUUAGAAAAAUGGCACUUAGCAUCGAAGAAAAUUUAGGGUCUGUGUUGCGCGAUGAAACUUUGCCAAUGAAGCAGCGAUUUAGGGCUCUUUUCUCUCUUCGAAAUCUGAAAACGGACGCUAGUGUCGAUGAAAUCGUGAAAUGUUUUGAAGUCGGGGACUCAGCCCUGCUGAAACACGAACUAGGUUACUGUUUGGGCCAAAUGGGCAAUAAAAGAGCCGUCGAUUCACUAGUUAAGGUGCUGAGCAACGUUCAAGAAAAUGCUAUGGUACGGCACGAGGCAGGAGAAGCUCUAGGAGCUUUGGGAGCAUUUGAAUCUCGAGACGUGCUGCAGAAAUUCGUUUCUGAUCCCAUUCCCGAAGUCUCUGAAACGUGCCAACUUGCGCUUUUGCGCCUCGAGUACAUGGAAAAAUUCGGAUCCGUGGACAUAUCGCCGUAUGACAGCGUUGAUCCUGCGCCAGCUAUUAAAGAAGAAAAAUCCGUCUCGCAAUUAUCCGAUUGCCUCCUGAAUUCGUCCGCGACACUCUUCGAUCGGUAUUGCGCCAUGUUCUCUUUAAGAAACAAUGGAUCAGCUGAAGCGCUUGCUGCUUUGGGGAAAGCCCUGAGUUGUCCGUCGAGUGCUCUUUUUCGACAUGAAAUUGCUUACGUUCUGGGUCAGUUGGAAGAGAAAGCUGCCCCAUGUGUCGAGGAACUUGCGACGAGACUCGGGGAUGAAGAAGAGAAUCCUAUGGUGCGUCACGAAUGUGCAGAAGCACUCGGAGCCAUUGCCACCGACUCCGCCAUGAAAGUUCUGGGCGACUACAGAGCUGAUAAAGAACGAGUUCCAUUCCAACUCCUGUUAUCCGUGGUACGAUCAUUGUCUGCAUCGGAAGAUGACGCUGCGCGAGAGGAGCAGCGCAAAAAUUUGGACAAGGAGUUCCAGAAAAGUGAUGCCAAAUUGAAUUCCUUCGUAGCAUCCGGUGAAUCCCAGAUCCGAACUGUGAUGCAAACAUUUUCCGAAGAAGUGGGAGAGCAGGUCAACGUACGCAAGGUCGCCGAUGAAUUGAACCGGUCACUUAUCGGUUGCAAAGCACGCUUCAGGGAACACAAGGACCACGUUCGUCAAUUGUAUCAAGAAGGAGAAAAGCAUGACUAUUACGUGGACCUACUGAACAGCAUAAUCUGGUUGAAGGAGUCGCCGAGGAAAGUUGACCUGCUAUUGAAAGCGGGAAAAUAUGAAGAAGUCGCUGAGCGUCUGGUUGCUGCAUGCAAGUUGGGAGAAGGACCCUUGAACCAAGUCGAUUCAUUGCGUGACGUACAGGCAGAAGUUAAUCGUCGUCGAUCUGAUAUACAACAGAAAAUUUUGGCAGAUCUCCAUUCUCAGCUGUACGAGAAAUCGAUCAAAGAGGCUCUUGACAGAAGAAAGCGAAAAGUUCGGAAUCUCCGCAAUUUGCAGCCAAUAUUCCAAGGCUCGUUCAUUGGGGAUGGAGAAGACUUCAAACGUUCAGCUACAGCGUAUUUGGCUGGAUUGCAAGAGUUGGUUGAAUCAGACACGAAGCUUGUGACAUCAUUCGGAUCAGGGGAGCAUUCUUCACCCGCCAACGUAGCUUCUGUUGCUGGCGCUGAGAAAAAGUGGGAAGAAGUGCUCGGAGAAAUCGCUGCAUGUCUCGUGAAACUUGGAAAUAUUGAAGAUAAUGGAAUGGAGAGUAGAACUUCUAGCUCGGACCAACUCGCCGGAAUCGUAAUGGAACUGGGCAACGACUUGCCGCGCAAACUGGUGUCGGUAGUGAAAAAAAUCGGCGAUGAAAUUCGAUUGAAUCCUAGUCCGAAAGUUGACGUGGUUAUUCAAUGCUGCAACGGUAUUCCUGGUGGAAGUGCUGGGGAUAUGGUGAUUGAUGAAGAUUCUCCUUACGACCUCAGUUUGCAAACGCAAGUCCAGGUCGUUUCGCUUGUGUGUCCGCCGUUGAUCGACUUCUUUUCGACGGUGUUCCACGCUUUCCAUGCUAUUGCCAUGCGUCACAAAUUGUUGUUGGAGAAAUUCUCCAAGGCCUCGAAAACGAAAAUUCUUUGCUAUGAUGAUUACUCCAUCUGGUUUGAAAUUCAGAACGUGGUAAAAGCUUUGCUGACAGACUAUUUGGAUCUGCAAAAUUUUCAAAAUCCAUCAGGAACUUCCGUAACAUCGUCAUCUGCGGAUCGAAUGGCGUCAAAUCCAAUGCAAAUUUCUGGGGUUACUAUUGAUGACGUGAACUCGUUGUUUGUGAGGAAAAGAACAAAUGUGAAGGAAGUGCAGGAAGCUACAUUGUUCUCGUUUGACAAUUCGGUGGAAAUGAUGCAGUCAGAGCUGACGAAAACUUCCCAACGCGUCCAUUUUGUGGCUGGAAUGCCGCACAAUAGAAUGAUGCCAAGACAAGAUUCUCUUGCUGGAGAACACAUUUUGGUAUGCCCUGCAAGUCCGAAGAACAUUGCGCUUUUGUACCACACCGUUUCAGACUUCGUCGGACGUAUGGAAGCAGAAACGUGCGAAACUCCAGGUUCGGAAUCAAGUAAUCUGACGAAAUUCGUUAAAAGCUGCAUUGAAAACGUGCUGAUACCGCAUAUUGGAAUUUCUCUGGAUCGUUCUUUGGAUCGGACAUCUGCCAAAUCUCCGGAUAUUUGGCGUGAAGUGACAACACCUGCUGAGCAGAAGAAGUACAGACUCGUCUCUCCAGUUCUACGAAAUACGGUGGUAGUCGUGGAAAGCAUAAAAACGGUUAUGGAAAUGGUGGAAAGAAUAUGGCUGUGGAGGGAGAAUUUCGCAGAGAAAACGUUCUCGCAUUUAAAACAGUACUUCGAAACUUGCCAAGCUGCAUUUCGAGGAUUGACUCAGCCAGAAAGUGAAGACAAACGCAUCAAAUCUGCGGUGUUGGCGCAAGAUGACGACUUGAUACGUCGCCUUAAAUCCUUCCCUAAUUGGACCGCUGCGCAGCGUGUGGAAGCUGCGGAAGCACUUCAUGCAACAGAGGCUGGCAAGAAGAGUGGAGCGAACCAGUGGAGCCUUAGCUGGCAACAGGCGAGUCUAAGACUCGAUAUGGAGGAACUGUGGCAGCGCGAGGCGGACAUUUUGUUGAGCAUGUCUGGGGGGCUACCAACCCGCACAUCGAAUAUCGCCGCUGACGAGAUCAUAUCUGAUGCGUCCCAGUUGCGAUCACUUGCGCUGCUUGAAGAAUCCAUGGCAUGGUUCAGCAACGAAAUCCUCGUGUUCGUGAGUUUCUUGGGAAUGAUGGCGACGGAAGAAGAUGCCCCUGAUGGGAACAUCAUCAGUGCAGAAAAGAGCAACGUUAUUAGACCUGAACCUGCGAGUGGAAAAACGAAACUGGCUUCUUACGGUGACGAGCUGAAGAAGCUUGCGGUCGAUUUCCAAGCCCUGGCGGACACUUGUUUGAUGGUGCUUCACUUGGAGGUACGAGUACGAUGCAUGUACUUUUUGUUCCCGUUGAUAACCGGGGGAGCCUGGGCUUCAAUGGGCGACAGGCUUCGUGUGGACGAAGACGUGGUUAAUUUGAAUACCGAUCUUCAUGCUAUUCACGAAGCACUUGUAACCGUUCUGCCUCCGAAUAAAAAUGACUACGUGCUCGGCGGGCUCGGUCAGAUGAUGUCAACGGUGUUGGUGCGUGGUCUACAGUGCAUACCGUACAUGGAGUCGACGGGGAUUCGCAGAAUGUCGCGGAACAUUCUCUCGCUGCACCAGAAUUUAUGCAAUUUGACGCAGAACCCGGAACUGGCGUUGGAUCGGGCCCGGCUCUAUUAUGAAAUGCUCCACCUGUCGCCUCACGAGAUAUUGGCACGGAUCAGACAGCAGGGACCGAAGUUUACCGAAGCUGAGUACUUGGCAGCGUUCAAUGUGUUGGAUAGUGGGAGAGGAAUUUCGCGGGAUAAUUCGCGACUUCGGCAUUACAAGUCACAGUUGUCCGAAAUCCUCGGUGAAGUUGGUGUGACCGUCUAAGAGCAUCCUUCUUCGUAGCACUCGUUCGUUUUUCCUCGAACGGUUGUGGAAAGGGCGAAAAAAACCAGAUGUGAUCGAUCAUAACAUCUUGCAAUGUGAUAAUAUCUUUCGAUUCUAACAUUCUCUCGUGAAACUCUUGCAUUCCGGGCUUGUACUUACUGGUAUUGCUUCGAUUGUUUCAAUUAUCUCGGAAACUUAAAGCGAGAGCGAGAAAUUAUUCAGCUUUGAAUCGCUGCAUUCCAAGCCGUUGACUUGGUAAAAAUUCCAGUUGUUACGGCUGUGCGGCUCUGAAAAUUCGGUGGAGUGUGAACGUAUUGAAGUCGGCUGAACAUUUUGUGUGAUUUCGUGCAGCUUGCUGCUACGGGGAGGCGUUUUUUUGUUGGAUGUUGCGACGAGGUAAAAUACGCAGAAUUUGUUGACGAGUCGUAUGCGCUUGAAUUAGUCACGAAUUCAAGGCAUGCCGGACUUACCAUGGUGGAAGUUUGAUGAAACAGACUGAUAUUACAUUCGUGGCUGGGCCUUUCCUACACGUGGCGGCGGUACUUAUAUUUCUUACCAGUACUUUAUGCGCUGAAGAAAGUCCUUUUACUGACGUUUUUUUGCUUGGAUUUAUGCUUCAUCGAACGCAGACUCUGGGAGGUUUCGAGAGCGUAACUGAGAAUAGUUGUGAAUUCUGAUGUGGGAUUUGUUCGUCCGAGUGGAACUAACCGUGAUGAAUAUGUGAAAAAGUGCAAGCGCUUCUGCUUCCGGUGAGUGCAGUGUAACCGACCAGUCACUAUGCUUUUGAGUCAUUUUUCCUUCUUCGAAAAACAUCGCCAUUUUCUCUCCGAAUAUCGAUAAAAGAUCAUCAUACUUACCCGUGUUUACUCGAGUACCACUCGCCCUUAAGGAAGACGAGCGCCAUGGUUUUUCAGUCAAAAAUUGUCCUUCGCUUGUAUAAACUCGAGUGAGACUCGCGCCCAAUCUUUAGGGACUUCGAAACUACAAUAUUUUAAAAAUGAGAACACCCAAAUUUCAAUUUAGACGUAGAUUGAUCCUGAAUCCGGCUAAUGUAAUUUUCAAUUACUGUAUUUAUAUUACAAUAAGUUUUCCCGUUAAAAUUGGUCCAAAAUUUCUCAUUAUGAUCAAAUGUAAUGCACACCUAAACCUGUAAUUUUUUUUCAAUUCUUACCCAACUAUGACGCUCACCCUUUUUUCUCCUCAAUUUUGAGAAAAAGGUACGCAUGGUACUCGAGAGUAAAUACGGG